AUGCGCCCUAGACUGUUAAUGUUACAACUUCAAGAGGAAGAGCGCGAAGCCGAGUAUCGCCUACCUAGUACGUCCACGUACAUCACACCUCUCACUAAUCACAAACCUGGUACACCCGAUGCUGCUCGCACAGGGAAUCACCCCAGACUCCGCCGCGGGCAAAGUCUACAUAGCAUCGGCGAUACGGAUUCAGAGUUGGCUGAUCCGUUGCUAAUCAAACCCACGCCAAACGUCGACAGUCAAGGUCCGAAAGAAUCCAAUGCACUUGCAACUCCAAAGAGUGCUACCACAGACUCUCUCUUCGGAGACUCACCUGUUGAUGGUACAGAAGGUUCACAUCUGACUGAAGCCGUUUCGAUCCAUCAAAAGGAAGGACUGGCCCAACCGACCUCGAAUAAGAGGAAGCUUGACGAUGCCAAUGUGGCAGCCGAACCGCAGCAGGCUGUUAAACGCCUUCGCUGCCUCUCUUUGCCCUGA